AUGCCCUCGUUUGACUCUUUCGACGGCACAACGGACCUGGUUGACCAUUUGGAAACUUACAGGACCCUCAUGGUCCUCCAUCCACUUCAUUGGUGCCCAGCGUCAGCAGCGUCCGGCAACCCAACUCCUCAACAUCCGUCAGACCGAGAGGAUGAUCUGCAGCCACUCUUUGAUGGUUCUACUAAGAGAAGGGUUAGUCUGGAAGUUUUGAGGAGGAAGAAUGUAUUAUUGCUGAUAUCAAGCCUAGACAUCUCUCCGGAUGAGCUUUCAAUUCUCGAACAGAUUUAUAAUGAUUCUUGUCAACAUGGAACAAGGUUGGAUAAUCUGUUUGAGAUGGUCUGGAUCCCAAUUAUGAACCAAUCCGUGCAAUGGAUAGAGCCCAUGCAAAGGCAGUUUGAGAGCAUGCAAUCCAUGAUGACAUGGUACACGGUGCACCACCCCUCACUAACUGAUCGAUUGGUGAUUAGGUUCAUCAAGAAGAAAUGGCACUUCAAGAACAAUCCCAUCCUUGUGGUGCUAGACCCACAAGGUAAGGUGGUGAGCCCCAAUGCCAUCCACAUGAUGUGGAUAUGGGGAAGCAAUGCGUUUCCUUUUACCAGCUUGAGAGAGGAAGCUCUUUGGAAGGAAGAGACUUGGAAGGUUGAGUUGCUGGUGAAUGGUAUCGACCAAACGAUACUCAAUUGGAUUAGAGAAGGAAAACACAUUUUCUUGUAUGGAGGGGAUGACGACGAGUGGUUGCAAAGAUUCACAACCAUGGCCAACUCUGUUGCACAGGACGCACACAUCCAUCUGGAGAUGGUCUAUGUCGGAAAGAGUAGCAAAAGGGAACAAGUCAGGCGAGCCAUUCAAGCUGUCAAUACUGGUAAAAUAGGGACUGCCUGGCAAGAGCCUAUGAUAUGGUUUUUCUGGACUCGGCUAGAGAGCAUGCUCUUCUCCAAGAUUCAACUUGGCAGGGCCAAUGAUUACGACCCCAUGAUGAAAGAGAUCAAAAAACUGUUUAGCUAUGACAAGAGUGGAGGAGGAUGGGCUGUGUUCUGCAAAGGAUCAGAGGUGGUGGUCAAUGGGCAUGGGAGCACAGUGUUACCUACUUUGUUGGAGUACACCUAUAUGUGGAAACAAAAUGUGAUCACCAAAGGGUUCGAUAAAUCGUUCAAGGAUCACCAUGACAGGCUUCAUAGGUUUGAGCACCCGUGUUGUCGCUUUGAAUUCCUAAGCAUGGUGGAAAGGAUACUAGAGAGCAUGAAAUGCCUGGAGUGCCUCCGUAGCAUGGAGAAGCACAUCACCUUCAUAUGCUGCCACAAUGAGAAUCCUGUUACCAACAUACUUGACUAA